AUGUCAUCUCUGCUGGUGCUAGCAUCAGGUGCCAAAUUAGGCAACCUUGGUGGCUCAGAUGUGAGGGAACAGCUCUUCGAACGCACUCCAAACAACAACCUCAUCCAGAUCAAGUAUGAAGACAAUCAAGGAACCUUCUCAAACAGUCAGCUGAGUUCAGGUCUUUCUAGUGGGCAGCAGUCUUUCUCCAGCAGCCAACAGGGCUCCAGCUUCCAAAGAGGCCAGCAGAGCUCCUCUUUCUCCAACAGUCAGCAAGGUCUUGGUUUCUCAGGCAACCAACAGGGAGCUAGUUUCCCAAACUCUCAGCAGAGGUCUAGCUUCCUAAGUGCUCAGCAAGGAACUAGUUUCCCAAGCAGUCAGCAGCAAAGCUCUAGCUUUUCUAGUGGUCAGCAAGGAUCUAGUUCCGGCAAUAGGCAAUCCAGUUUUGUCAGCAGUCAAACUGGAUCCAGUUUCCCAAGCACUCAACAGGGGUCUAGUUUCUUCAGCAGUCAACGAAGGUCUGGCAUCUCCAAUAAUCAACGUGGAUCCAGUUUCCCCAACUCUCAGCAGAGUUCUAGCUUCUCCACCAGUCAACAAGACUCCAACGUCUUUAGCAGUCAAAGAGGAUCCAAAUUCCCAAACACCCAACAGAGUUCCACUUUCUCCAAUGGGCAAAGAAACAUUGCAAAUCAGUUCUCUAGCCAAAACAACAGGCAGACACAGUAUUCUAGCAGCAACAAUGCUGGCCGAGUUCAAUACAGUUUCAACAAUUACCGUUUCUCAAAUCCCAACCUUGUGGAUGUGAAGAGAAUUGAACUUCCAGCCAGCCGUGGAUCAUCCGGCUUCCAGACUAACCGUGGAAGCUCCAGUUUCCAGUCUAGCCAGAACAGAGAAAGUUCCUUCCAGUCUGGCCAGAACAGAGGCAGUUCUGCUUUCCAGUCCAGUCAGAACAGAGGCAGUUCUGCUUUCCAGUCCAGCCAGAACAGAGGCAGCUCUGCAUUCCAGUCUAAUCAGAACAGAGGAAGCUCUGGAAGUACCUUCCAGUCCAGCCAAAAUAGAGGAACUGCAUUUUUCCAGUCCAACCAGAAACAAGGAAAUUCUAAUGUCCAGGUGAAUCAGAAUCAGCGAAGGCCUUUCCAGGUCAGUCAAGGAGUUUCAUCUCUCCAGUCCAGCCAGAAUCAAGGAACUUCCAUCUUCCAGGCUGGGCAGAACCAAGGCAGUUUUGGUAGCAGUUCUAGGUUCCAAAACAACCAGAAUCUCGGAUCUACCACUUUCCAGAACCAGAACCUCGGAUCCACCACUUUCCAGAACCAGAACCUCGGAUCCACCACUUUUACCAGAACAUCCACCACUUUCCAGAACCAGAACCUCGGAUCUACCACUUUCCAGGGUAACCAGGACUUGAGUUCUACCACUUUCCGGAAUGCACAGACCUUUGAUUCCUCAAAUUUCCAGAGCAAUCAGAAUCAAGGAUCUACCAGCUUCCAAAACAACCAGAAUUUUGGUUCUUCCAGCUUCCAAAAUAAUCAAAAUCUUGGAUCUAACAGUUUCCAAAACGAAGGAAGCUUUGGUUCUUCCAACCUCCAAAACAAUCAAAACAUUGGACGCACCACUUUCCAGGGCAACCAGAACGCUUUCCAGAUCACUGGAGACCAAAGGCAGCAGCAGAAUUUCCAGAACCAAGGCAUCUCCACUUUCACUACCAGUCUAGACCAACGUGGAUCGAAUUUCCAGUCAAAUAACCAGUUCCAGACUUCCCAGAUGAGGGAAAUCGCCGGGCACAUCGAGACCGAAGCCGGAGAUAGAAUUUUGGGCGUCUUCAAGUCGUUCUUUGUCCCCGUUUCAUCCAGUCUUGCCGAGGGACAGAUUUCCUCUACGUUCACUUGCUCCUCUUUCGGCCAAGGAUAUUACGCAGAUCUUGACAGCAACUGCCAAAUGUUCCACGUGUGUACUCCUGUUCAGGCAAAUGAUGGAACAGCCACACAGUACCGUUUCACGUUCCAGUGCGGCGAGGGCGAGCGCUUCGACCAGAGUUCCUUCAGCUGCCGUCGCGAUACCUCCCCGGCCACUUGCUCCUCCGCCUCCGCCUUCUUCAGGAGCAGUGGUCAGGAGACUCAGGGACUCUUCUCUAGGUUUGCUUUCCCCUCUGCCUCCUCCUCUCUUUCUUCUUCUUCUUCUUCCCCCUCCUUCUCUUCUUCCUCUUCCUCUUCCUUCUCGUCUUCUCCCUCCGGUUCCCAGACCUCUCCCAUCUUCGACCGCAACAGCGUGUGUUACUUCGCCAACAACGGCAUUGUUACCGGAGUCCGCAAGUAGACUCGGAAAGCAAAACAAAACAAGAAAAUCAGAGGAACUGAAGAACCUGCUCCGCCCCCUCUAAAAAUAAACAAACAAACAAAAAAAAUCAACAAAAAAUAUUCACCUUACAACAACGACGACCAAACGGGUAGCGACGACUUGGAAGACAGAGAGGUAACGACGAGACGGAUCUUGGAAGAAAUAUCACCACGACUUGAGACGAACUAGUACGAACUGCCUGCGUGACGAGCCCCUGGUGUGACGUCACGGCGCAACACAACUGAUUUUGCCAAUAAAAAGUGCAUCAACUUU